AUGGGUCACGAUGCUCCAAUGACUGUAAAUCCAGAUGGUACAAGAGUUAUGAUUGCUACCAGAGAGGAAUUAGAGAUCAACAAUGUACCAUUGAAUUUCAGAGAUUAUUGUGCACAUCUUUUGAUUCCAUUGAACAAAUGUAGAGUAAAGGAAUAUUAUUUGCCAUGGAAGUGUGGUGAUGAGAGACAUGCUUAUGAACAAUGCCAAUACGAUGAAAUGAAAAAGAAGAAUGAUUUGGUUAAAGAGAAAGCAGAAGCUCAUGCUGCUGCUGCAUUGGCUAAGCAACAGCCACACUCAACUGAAGAAUAUUAG